AAAUUCUGUUUAAUGUUGAUGUGGGGGUUCGUUCAGACAUUCAACAGGUUGUGUUUGGCAUAGCCCCUCGCCAGAUGGAGGAACAGAUAACGAAUCUUCUCAACAUACAGCCCAAGGACAUGACUGCACAUGUGCACCAGGUGCACUCGCUCAUAAACCAGUAUGAGUUGCAGUGCUACGGUUCAUCUACACCCGAUAAAGAUUUGAUAGCGGGAUGGCUGCGAAUGCUGAGGGAAAGCAUCAUCGCUUCAGCACAGAAGGAGGAACCAGUCAUCAACCGUAGGGAUGAUGCUGAGGACAAGCAUCUCUUCGAUACGUUGUCGCUAAUGGUAUCGCAAGUGGACACAGCCGACCAGAACAUUAUGCUACUGAGCGAGAGCAGUGUGAGGUUGAAGAGCCUUUGCUACAACAGCAAAGCCCUGGAGAAAGAGCUGCUUAGCGCAAGAGAUGUGAUUGCUAGGAGCAAAGUAAACGAGGCAAAAGAAAUUAGACGAGUGUGGAUAGGAAUUGUUGUUUAUUUGUGUGUGAGUUUGUACAUUCUAAUGGGACGGAUAGGUCUUUUCAAAUUAAUUAGUUAUUUGGUGAUGAAAUUGGUUAAUUUCAGGUAAUUAAACAAAUAAGCUUGAAAGGUCCUGUGCUGUUCGCCUGUUAUGCAUGAUGUGUUUGGUCGUGAUUGGAUGAUUGUUGGGCAUCGAUCCAUGGAGUUGGAACAGAAAAUGUUGCAGAUCAUGAUUGUUCGGCAGCCUAAGUGAGAUUGCGAUUAUACUUCUUGCUGUCUUUGAAUAAGCGCAUUGUUGCGGGGCUUGUGCGCUAACUGUCCAUUUAAACCGACGUGGAUGAUCGAUAAGAUAUGUAGGUUAAUUAAAAGCAUGUCCGGCUG